AAUCCGACGAAAAUGGCUCCGAGAUCAGAUUCACAAACCCUAGCCACCGGCUCCGACGAAAAUGAAUCCUCAAUCGAUCCGAUCUUCCACAUUCUCCGUAUCAUCCCUUUCUCCUUCCUCCGACCACCACGUCUUCGUCUCAAGCUCCCUUCCUUCACUCUCCCAUCUCCAAUGACUGUCUUCUCACUGAUUCUCCUCACUUACUUCCUCGUCGUCUCCGGUUUCGUCUACGACGUGAUUGUCGAGCCUCCAGGUAUCGGAUCGACACAGGAUCCAAUCACCGGGUCAGUAAGACCCGUCGUGUUUAUGUCGGGUCGGGUCAAUGGUCAAUACAUCAUUGAAGGUCUUUCUUCCGGAUUCAUGUUCGUACUCGGUGGGAUUGGAAUCAUAAUGUUGGAUCUGGCAUUGGAUAAGAAUCGAGCUAAGAGUGUUAAAGCAUCUUAUGCAACAGCUGGAGUCUCCUCCAUUGUGAUUGCUUAUGUUAUGAGUAUGCUCUUCAUUCGCAUUAAGAUCCCUGGUUAUCUCCGUUAGAGGGUUAGAUCACUUUUGGCUUCAAUUCUGUAAUUGGAUCUUUAGUAUAAGAUCGAUCAUUAGAAAAAAUGUGACUUUUUGUUUUGUUUGUUUGCUAAAGCUUAUGUGUUUCUUGUUUGAUAAUGAGAAUUUAGCUUU